AUGUCAGAAUACUGGAAAUCCACACCUCGGUACUGGUGCAAGUACUGCGCCGUCUAUGUGCGCGACACCAAGCUCGAGCGCGCAAACCACGAGUCAACAGCCAGGCACCAGGGCGCCAUCAAGCGCUCUCUGCGCGACUUGCACCGCAGCCACGACCGAGACGAGCGAGAUAAGGAGCGAGCCAAGCGAGAAAUUGAUCGUCUCAAUGGCGUAGUUCCCAGCGGCAACGCAUCCUCCUCGGGAACCCCCGCACCCUUGACCUCGACGUCGUCGUCAACGCACACACCCGGGUCGUCGAGGCCCGCGCCGCCGCCCACGGCGACCGAGGCGUCGCUAAAAAAGCAGCGUGAGCAACUCGCAGAGCUGGGCGUCGCGAUACCGAGUAGUUUCCGGCCCGAGAUGGCUAUGCCGGGUGAGUGGACGGUGACGAGCACGCGCGUGGUUGAAACGCGGCGGGGCGGCGGCAAUGACUCCGGUGCGGUCGAGGCCCGCGCUUCGGGCGUACGCAAGCGCGAGGAGAAUGAGGAGGAAAAAGAGGAGGAAGAGGCGGUACGUGGGCUCUUCAAGAAGGCGAAGCGCUGGGGACGCGAUUCGAAAGGGAUGCCGGACGAUCAGGAUGCAGAACUGGAUGCGCUGCUGAGCGGGUCGCUGGUGAAGAAGCAGCCAGUGGCUGAGGAUGAUGUGAAGGAAGAGGAGGCGGAGGAGGAGGAGGAGGAGGAGGAGAAGAAGGUGGAGGACAAAACAGAAGAUGGCAUAGAUGUGAAGCUGGAGCCUGCUGUCAAGGAGGAGCCUGACACGGCCGCGGGUUGCAUUACAGCAAUAGCGACCAAGUCGGAAGAUGCAGACUCGGCAGUGGGCGCGGUAGUGUUCAAGAAGAGGAAACCUAAGGGUUUGCGGACCAAAUAG